CGCGCGGCGCCGUCCGGGAAGGGGCAACGUGGAGAAAUGGAGGGGGAGUGCGGGGCGGCCCAGGCCUUGGGUCCGGGCCCUGAGGAGUCCAACGGGGCGGCCCCGGUCCCGACCCCGGCUCGGCGGCGUCGGAAAGCCGCUAAGAAGCGAAAGGAGGCGGCGGCAGCGAUCCCGCGGGGCAGGCCCAAAUCGGGGCGGGUGUGGAAGGACCCCGGCAAGAAGAGGUUCUCACACAUGAUCCAGGACAAGGCCCUUCGCACCUCUUGGGCACGGAAGAUGAAGGAGCGGCAGGAAAGGAAGCUCGUCCGGGACCUGGCACGGCAGCUGCAGGAGGGGAAGCAGAGAGAGCGAGAGGAGAAGAAGCGGCGGCGGGAGGAGAACCUGAAGCGGCGCCUGGAGAAUGAGCGGAAGGCGGAGAUUGUGCAAGUGAUCCGGAACCCACUGAAGCUCAAGCGGGCAAAGAAGAAGCAGCUGCGGCGGGUGGAGAAGCGGGACACGCUGGCCCUGCUCCAGAAGACACCUGUGCGGCGCAAAGCAGCCACGGAUUGAGACGGCAGAGGAGGCACCACGAUGCCCGGCCCAGGCAGCCGAGGUUUCUGCGGGUCCCGCUCCUCUCCAGGGGUGCUUCCCUGGGUCGGCGGGCAGGAGUCGCUGCCUGGGCCCUCAGUGUCGGACAGACAGCGGGACAGAACUGGGGUGGGUUACGCAGCGCUAUGACCCGCAGGAACCAGCUUCUGGAUCCCCCCCCUGCCCUGUGAAGUUGGGGUGUUGCUGAACAGCCGGGGGCUGGAAGGAGAACUGCUUCACCUACCCAAAUCUGCUUUUUCUUUAUAAAAAUGAAUAGGAACAGA